CGUGUUAGGCUUGAGAUUCUCGUACUCCCCAGACAUGGAGUCCACAAUAAAAUUUUCCAUAGCAGUCGACUCCGACCACAGAGCCACCGAAUUCCGGCCAUUUUCUAUCUCCUCCCCCCACAUGCGAGCAUUCCACCUCGCCUGGCUCUCUCUCUUCUCUUGUUUCUUCUCCACUUUCGCCAUCCCUCCCCUCCUCCCCAUCAUCCGUGAAGACCUCCAUCUCUCCCCUUCCGAUGUCGGCACAGCUGGAAUAGCCGCCUUCGCCGGCUCCAUCAUCUCCCGUCUCGCCAUGGGCCCCGCCUGCGACCUCUUCGGCCCACGUCUCGCCUCCGCCACCCUCUCCCUCGUGACGGCCCCCAUCCUCCUCUCCGCCGCUUUCAUCUCCUCUCCAUUAUCCUUCAUCUUGCUUCGUUUCUUCGUUGGCUUCUCACUCGCCAACUUCGUAGCUAACCAGUUCUGGAUGAGCUCCAUGUUUUCCGGGUGCACGGUUGGAUUAGCCAACGGUGUAGCUGCCGGGUGGGCCAACGUCGGGUCGGGUCUCACCCAGUUACUCAUGCCGAUUAUCUUUUCUAUAUUAAACACAAACUUCAAUUUCACACAGUCUGCUAGCUGGCGUCUUGCUUUUGUGGUGCCUGCCGUGUUUCAAGCAACAAUGGCGCUUCUCGUAUUGGCUUAUGGUCAGGACCUGCCGGACGGAAAGUACAAAAAGUUUAAAAAAGAGGAGAAAGACUCAUUCGGGUUGUUUUUGAAUGGGAUUACGAAUUACAGGGGAUGGGUUUUAGGCUUAACGUAUGGUUUUUGCUUUGGAGUGGAACUGACAAUGGAUAACAUAAUUGCAGAGUAUUUCUACGAUAGAUUCGGGGUGAACAUGGAGACGGCGGGGGUGAUAGCGGCUAGCUUUGGGUUUGCGAAUUGGGUAUCUCGGCCGACGGGAGGGGUGGUUUCCGAUGAGUUAGGGAGGAGGUUUGGGAUGAAAGGGAGGUUGUGGGGGUUGUGGGUGGUGCAGACGGUGGCUGGGUUGCUUUGUUUAUGGUUGGGUCGAGUUAAUUCGUUGUGGGGUUCGAUUGUGGUGAUGUGUGGGUUCUCGUUUUUUGUCCAAGCUGCGUCAGGACUUACGUUUGGAGUAGUACCAUUUGUUUCCAAAAGAUCAAUGGGGGUGAUAUCGGGAAUGACGGGAAGCGGAGGUACGGUGGGGGCGGUGGUAACACAACUGCUACUGUUUUCCGGUGACACCAAAUUUUCGACACAAACUGGGAUUUCCUUGAUGGGUGUUAUGAUGAUUGUGUCUACUCUGUCGCUGACCACCAUCUACUUCCGCGAUGGGGGUGGCAUGUUCUGUGGCUCUUCCGACUACGACUACCAACCGCUUCCCUGAGGUCAGACCAAACCUCAACGAAUUGGGAUGAUAUAUAUGAUGAUAUACAUGAGAUAAAAGUUCAAAACCAAGGACCAAGGAUAUGUUUUUUUAAGGAAAAAAGAUUGAUUGGUGUUAUUCAUUAGAUGAUGAUGGGGUUAAAGAAAACGAGUAGAUAUGAUUAUUUUGUAACAAUUUAUGGAUGGAAUAUGAAUUUGUUUGGAUUGGUCGGUUUC